AGUGUGGUUAGAGACUGCGUUGAGAUGUGGGGCUGGUGGAGCUCGUCUGGUGGGGAGAAGGAGGACGAGGGUGGCGAGAAUGAGUCGGGCGAUAACGAUGCUCAUGAUUCGUCGCAAGGACGAGACCUUCGCGCGUCUCUAGUAGAAGGUUUUGGAGGAGUUUGGUCGAGUUUUGCGACGGCGGCCGGUAAAGUUAAGAGUGUUGUUUCUGAUUCUGUGGGCUCGACAUUUAUAGGCGACUUCCAUCGAGAGCAACAAAAAUUUAUGCAAGAAAAGAAAUCUGGUAGAGCAGAUGCUGCCGUUCCUCCUUGGGUUGGCUAUCAUGAAGAGGAAGCUAUGAAAACACAGAUCAUGGCUCUUUCUUCGGAUAAACGAAAUUUUUUGCGUAAUCCUCCACAAGGAGUUCAGUUUCAUUUCGACUUCACCACCAGCUUUCCUGUCGCGUUGGCCACGCUGGCAGAGGAUACGAAGCUUCAGUCGAUGCGAUUCGAGUUGGUGCCAAGACUUAUAUCAGAGGAGAUGUUUUGGAGAAACUACUUCUAUCGAGUCUCAUUGAUCAAGCAGUCAACACAACUGACAUCUCUUGCUACUGCAGCUGAAGAACAGCUAAAGAAAAGAGAUAGUAGUAGUAGUGGGGGUAGAGAUGAUGAUAGUGUAGCCAAGAGCAGAGAGGAGACACCAGACGAACGUCAACACGAGGAGGAAGUGGAGACGUUUCCUGAAAGUGCCGGUGAUGAGUUUGUCAGCGAUACAUUCUCACACCAUGAAGCAGCAGUAGAGUUAUCCCAAGCAGAGUUGGGUCAAUUGGGUGUCGGUGAUCAACCCGAAACAGCAGCAGAUGCACAGCAAAAUGAGAAUGCUGACGAAGGGGACUGGGAGAGUGAACUACAACAGGAAUUACAAAGAUUUGGAGUCGAAGGAUUGGAUGAUGACGACGAUGUAGGGCAUCAGGGUAAGGAUGACGAGACGUGGGAAGCAGAAAUCGAGCAAAUGCUAGAAAUGGAUAAAAAGACAGACAACUCAAGCUAAUACAUACAACGGGUUGGCAAUCUACACAUCGGCUGUAUCAUCGACUGCAAGAAAGACACUUUACUGUAGAUUUAUUUUCAAUCAUGAAGUUUUGUUGCAUACAAUUAAGACUAGAGAAGAACAAGCAGACUCAAGAUGAUCAA